CACUGCCGUGUAUAGUAGUGCAUGCAUUGAGAUUUUCUUCGGGAAAAUUCUGUGCGAUAGCAGUGUUUGAAUAGCACUGGACUGAAAACCUUACUGUCACUCUUGUGAUCCAAAGAGUCUCGGAAGUUCCAACACCAUUAGAAUCCACCAUCUGCCGUUUUCUCGCUGAUUGUCGUCUUACGACGUGCAAACUUCUUUUCCCAAAAGCGCCUUUUCAGUACCGAAUGAUCCCGGAGUCAGUAAUAUACGGAUUCUUCCCUUCAGAACUCCCCGCUUCUCUGCUCCAGAACUUUCGUCCAUUGAUUUGGUCGUUAACUGAUCUGAAAGAGUUCGCAACUUAUUGAUACUCUUGGAUCCCGAUCAUACGGAUCCAUUGUCCCUUUCGGAUUCUCCGCUCUUUUGUUGCUUCUUCUGGAGAACUUCACACGUGGCGUCGCUGCUGUCCUCCCAGAUUACAUCACAUUUGACCAGUGAUUUGCCGUGUGGAUUCCAACCUGUUUCUUUGUCAAACGGCAAAUGUAAAGUCAUAUCUCUUGUAUCAGGCAUGAGGCAAACAUAUGUGUCGCACCAGCCUUUGAAAUGGAAAGUGACGUGGCAUCAUAUUCUCGACGAUCUCUUCAACCUUCCAACAGUUUGAAUGUGAAUGUCAACCGACCAUUGGAUACCGUUAGUCGCAAUGUCACCUCACACGGACCUGUUUACCUUCUUCCGCCUGAGUUAUUGCUGGCUAUUUUCGAAUUGCUUCCACCGGUGGAUUUGUUACGACACGUUCCUCUGGUGUGUCGUCUUUGGCAUGACCUAUCCUUGAGUGCGACUCUUCGCACUCGCCUGUGUCUACGCAAAGAUACUCCGCCAAAUGUUCUGUUUCAAUCGGUUGAAUCGCGGCCUCUUCUGCGUGUUUUGAGGUGCCCAGCUUUGUGCAGGGCUCAAUGUCUGUUACCAGAAGCAUUGCAAUUGUGUCAGUCGUUGCAAUGUUUAGAUCUUGGCUUUUGUGAUCUUAGUGAAGAGACUGUCGAUCGACUUGGACAGAAUUUGCCUCCCACUCUGAAGCAUCUGAACGUAGAGGGCGCGAAAGCAAUCGGAUUACCCUUCAUCGUCCACCUGACGUCGUGUUGUCCUCGCUUGGAGGCACUCAAUUUGUCCCACUGUAUCAAUACCUGUGAUGCAUGUAUUCAAGUUAUUUCGGAGAAAUUGACGCUGCUCAGACGGCUUAAUUUAAACGGUGCUCUGUGGCUAUCAGACUCUACGCUGGUCAGUUUGAGUCAUGCUGUUGCCCUUCGUGCUGGACACUUAACCGAUAUCUGGCUGGAUGGCUUUGAGAUGACCAGUUCUGGAGUGGGAGACUUUUUUGAUCGGAUUGGCCAAUUGGAACAACAGAUCGUGAGAUUUUCUCCCUCUUCGGGAUGCGCCCUUGCUCCAACUGUCCCAUUUCGUGGUAUCGAACUUCUGUGGUUGAGCUUUUGUGAUCAUCUGUCCGAUGUUGCCGUCAUACAACUAACCAAGCUUUCCACCCUUGUUUCGCUGACUCUUCGAAAGGCCCAACAGAUAACUGCUGAAUGUUGGAUUCAUUUGUUUCUUCCCCCUUUGUGUCUUCGCCCACCAAUGUCUCCACCUCCAUUGCACCGGUUGGAACAUCUGGAUUUGAGCGAGGCGUCUUUCUUGAAUGACGAUGUGGUCGCUAGCAUUUGUAAGUGUUGUGGACCGCAGUUGCGUUCACUGACGCUAGACUGGUGCUGGGAAGUGUCCGAUAUUGGCUUCUCAGACAUUGUGCUUCACUGUUCUUCCUUGCGUCAUUUGAGUCUGGUGGGCGAUCAUCGCAUCGAAGGUGCUCCUUUGUCUGAUAUCCCAACCAAGCAACCGUUUCUCACUAUCUUAAAUUUGACGCAAUGCAAUUUAAUACAAGACUUCACUUUAGAAAAGCUCGUAGCUCAGCUACCUCAGUUGUGCUUGUUCGAUUAUUUUGGUGAACGUGUUGGCAACCAAACAAACGAUGUUUGUCAUUAUGACUUACGGCGUUCACUAGAGAGGGUUCCAAUUUGCCACGACUAGCAAUUUUCAAGCGGGUGACCUUUUCUUCUUUGCGCUUCCUUCUGGUUUGCCUUAACACUUUUGGUUGUUUGGGCUCAACCAAUACGAACUUUUCUUCUGUGCUGUACGUUCUUACCAAACCUUGUACAUUUUACUGUCCUUUACUUAUCUGCUAACCAGUUGGACUCUAGUGAACCGCACACGUUAUUUUAUCCCUCUUUCCAUUCCUCUCUUGCGCAUCGUCUGCUCAUGCCCUUAUUUAUUUUUGUUAUAGGUUUGACGCUUAACCCGAAUGUGUGGGAGUUGAAAUCGUUUACGGCGAUUCGACGCCACUCGAUCCCGCCUUUGGAAUUUUCACAUUUUUCAUGCUUUUUUCGAAAUUUGACUCCUCAUUCAAUCAUUAUUUCUGCUGUUAUUCAACUCUUUCCUCUCCAUAGAGACACUGUUCUCAAGCUGGCCCAGGGAAAACCAGGCAGAUACAGCUGGGCCAUAUUUCUUCCGUCGGUCACAUGCGACAAUGGGAUAAUUGUCCGUUUGAGAAAUUGCAUUAAACUAUUUGUCCACUUCUA